AUGGCAAACAAAGUGCAAAACGAAUGGCUCAUCAUUGUUCCCGACGCUGAGGGAAAAUUGGAGGAAAGGAUGAGGGUCAGAGCUGCUCAUAUUGACAAUGUCAAGAAGCAUGUCGACUCCGGCUUUUUCCAAAUGGGCGGGGCAAUGCUGCGCGCCCAGCCUCAGGAGCAAGAGCUCGACAUUAGUGGCAGCAUCGUUGUAGCUCGUGCUGCAACGGCUGAGGAAGUUCUGGCUGUGCUGAAAGAGGAUAUCUAUGCUCACACAGGCGUCUGGGACCUGAAGAACGUUCAAAUCUACCCGGUUCGUGCUCUGGUGCUUUCUUUUCGCAUUUACAAGCACACUGCUGAUGAGAGUGUGCAUAUGUAG